AUGGCAUCAGUGCGGCAGCUCAAUCCCAAGGCCGAAGUGCUGGGGCGCAGCGCUGCGUGCUUCAUGAACGUCAAUGCCGCCAAGGGCCUGUACGACGUGAUGAAGACCAACCUGGGCCCCAAGGGCACCAUCAAGAUGCUGGUCGGCGGCGCGGGAGACAUUAAGCUGACCAAGGACGGCAACACGCUGCUGCGGGAGAUGCAGAUCACAAACCCCACGGCAGUCAUGAUUGCACGCACUGCGGUGGCGCAGGAUGAAGUGACGGGCGACGGCACCACCACCAUGGUGAUCCUGAUUGGCGAGCUGAUGAAGCAGGCGGAGCGGUACAUCACCGACGGCCUGCACCCUCGCAUCAUUGCAGAGGGGUAUGAGAUUGCCAAGAAGGACCUGCUGGUGUUCCUGGACAGCUUCAAGGAGGCGGUAGACCCGGCAGACAGGGAGACGCUGCGGUGCGUGGCGCGCACAGCGCUGCGCACCAAGCUGCGCGAGGGGCUGGCCGACCAGCUGACCGACAUUGUGGUGGACGGCGUGCUGACCAUCCUCAAGCCAGACCAGCCCCUGGACCUGCACAUGGUGGAGAUCAUGUGUAUGCGCCACAAGCUGGACACAGACACGCGCCUCAUACGCGGUUUGGUUUUGGACCAUGGCUCGCGCCACCCCGACAUGCCCAAGCGCCUGGAGAACUGCCACGUGCUCAACUGCAACGUGUCACUGGAGUACGAGAAGAGCGAGGUCAACGCCGGGUUCUUCUAUAGCAGCGCGGAGCAGCGGGAGAAGCUGGUGGCGGCGGAGCGCGCGGUGGUGGACCAGAAGGUGCAGCGCAUCAUCGAGCUGAAGAAGGAGGUGUGUGCCGACGGCAGCAGUUUCGUGGUGAUCAACCAGAAGGGCAUCGACCCCGCCUCGCUCGACUUGCUGGCCAAGGAGGGGAUCAUGGCGCUGCGGCGGGCCAAGAGGCGGAAUGCGGAGCGGCUGCAGCUGGCGUGCGGCGGCUUCACAGUGAACAGCACAGUGGAGGAGCUGACUGCCGAGUGCCUGGGCCACGCGGGGCUGGUGUAUGAGCAUGUGCUGGGCGAGGACAAGUUCACGUUUGUGGAGGAUGUGCGGCACCCGCACUCGUGCACCAUCCUCAUCAAGGGACCCAACGACUACACCAUCGCCCAGAUCAAGGAUGCGGUGCGGGAUGGGCUGCGUGCGGUGAAGAACACGAUAGAGGAUGCGGCGGUGGUGCCCGGCGGGGGCGCGUUUGAGGUGGCGGCGGCGCACCACCUGCGCACCAAGACGAUCAAGGGCGUGGAGGGCCGUGUCAAACUGGGGGUGGAGGCAUUUGCAGAGGCGCUGCUGGGGCUGCCCAAGAUCCUGGCUGAGAACAGCGGCUACGACCCGCAGGACACAAUCAUCGCGCUGCAGGAGGAGGCUGAGCGGGGCGGGUGCGUGGGGCUGGAUGUUGCCACUGGCGAGCCGGCCGACCCGCAUCUUGGGGGUGUGCUGGACAAUUAUGUGGUGAAGAGGCAGAUACUGCAGAGUGCACCCGUCGUGGCGAGCCAGCUGCUGCUUGUGGAUGAGGUGCUUCGGGCCGGCAUGAACAUGCGGCGGCAGUGA